AUGAUACCUCUCAAGGAGAAUCUCCGUGAACUUGGACUCGGUAAUUCUGGAUUAUCAAUGUAUAUUGGGAGUCGUAUAUUUGCCAUGUUUGUGAUCCAAUAUUCGGAUCCUAUAACUAGUGUACCAAGAAUUAUUUCUAUCAAUUUGUCGCCUUUUACGGCUAAAUCAGCUAUGCGCACGUCACGUAUACUCUCGCAUAACAUUUCUACCAAGGAAAUUCGUCAACAAGACCGCUACGACGAAAAGCAGAAAAGCUAUUUAUGGCAAAUUGUGGCAAAGCAAUCAGGAUCAAGUUGUUUAAGGUUUAACGGUAUUAGUCCGAUAGCGUCGAGCUUUAGACAGCCAAAUCACAACGAAAUCAUUUAUCAGAAGCC